UGGUGAUGCACAAAGACAAGGAAGAAAACUCUCACCACGAUUCCCACUACAGGGCGAGAGAGCUGGCCGCGUUCGCUGCGUACGACCACCAUCAUCUCGACGGCGAAAUGUUCCUCCAAGCGCUGAACGGGUUCCUGCUCAUACUGACCUGCGACGGGGAAGUGUUCUUUGCUACCCACAGCAUAGAAAGUUACCUUGGCUUCCAUCAGUCCGACAUCGUCCACCAAAGCGUCUACGAGCUGGUCCACAGCGAAGACAGAGAGGAACUUCAAAGGCAAUUGAUGUGGAACUCUUUCCUGCCCGCCGAGAGUGCAAGCAUCCCUCUGCAUGACGCUCUCUCACCUCAGCACAGUCAUCUUCUGGAACGCAGUUUUACCGUGCGCUUCCGGUGUCUUCUGGACAACACUUCCGGCUUCUUGCGUUUGGAUAUAAGGGGACGAGUGAAAAUACUCCAUGGUCAAAACAGAAAGACAGAGGAGCCUCCUUUGGCUUUGUUCGCCCUGUGUACACCAUUUGGGCCACCAUCCCUCCUGGAAGUGCCUCAGAAGGAUGUGAUGUUCAAAAGCAAGCACAAGCUAGACCUAGCGCUCGUUUCCAUGGACCAAAGGGGAAAGAUGUUGCUUGGAUACUCAGAUGCCGAAUUGGCGAAUCUUGGCGGCUACGAUCUAGUCCAUUACGACGAUUUGUCCUAUGUGGCGAGUGCUCAUCAAGAAUUGUUGAAAACUGGAGCCUCGGGGAUGAUAGCGUACAGAUUCCAGAAGAAAGAUGGUGGCUGGCAGUGGCUGCAGACCAGCUCCAGACUGGUCUACAAGAACUCCAAACCAGACUUUGUCAUCAGCACACAUCGACCUCUUAUGGAAGAGGAAGGCAGGGAUCUACUGGGCAAAAGGACUAUGGACUUCAAAGUGAGCUACUUGGAUGCCGGUCUAACCAACAGCUACUUCUCAGACAGCGAUAGCCUAACUGGUUCCGUUAUGACGCCGACGCUGCCUAGCCAGCCGACGUCCCAGAGAGUGAACAGGCGGUACAAGACUCAACUGAGGGACUUCCUGUCUACCUGUCGAAACAAACGUACCAAAUUGACCGCGCAAUCCUCAGUUUCUCCGCCCGUCACACCCACUGUCGCCUCUGUGGAUUACCUCGCGGCUGAUACCAGUGCUGCAGCUGCGGUUGCUGCGGCGUAUAGCAACCUGAACACGAUGUAUCCUACUGCAUACGCGCCCACAGCGGUUGCAGCCAGCACGGACCCUUCGUUGACCACGUAUAUUGGCCACACAGGCAAUUAUCAUCAGACUUUGUACCCUGCUACUGCGUUGGAUAACAGGUACCUCACAGCAGCGACGGAGAACCUAUUCCAAUACAGGCCUCUAGGCUCCUAUUACCCCGAGUACCACACGAGCACCGCGUACAACGGUUUCAUCGACGUCUCCUUGCCCACCUACGAAACGCAUCAGCUAACCAGCAAAGCCGAAGAGAAACUCUAUUGCCAGCAGCUUGGCGAGUCUCCUAAGUACAGCUAUGUAGAGACCAGACAUCCUAGCAGCGUCAGUGGCUCCCCUUAUGCAGCCAGUCCCGUUGCCAGUGCCUCCACCAUGCACACAGCCGCGACAGACAUCAACAUCGUCCGUGCAGGCAGUAGACACUCCCUGGAAGGUGGAGCUUCGUCCAGUAAUUCAGCUGGCAGUUCACCAGUAACUGGACCAACGAAUGGUGUGCUCACACCGAAGAUAGAGGACGUGAAGCCAGAAGUUUAUGGCAACGAAGCACCUAGACAGACGGUUCUGAUGUGGGGAGCACCACCUGCGCGCACUCCUCCGCGAAAUAAUGGCAGUUACAGUCCACCCACGCCGCAUUCCACUCAUUCCUCCACUCAUUCUACCAAUGCUACCGCUGGAGAUCCACUUAAAUCCCUGGCAGAGAUGAACUCCAUGAAUGGAGAGUGUAAAUGGAGGCAGACAUCCCCCAGUGAGCAACAGAGCACAGCACCAAGUUCACCAAGGACCAAACAGCCUCAGCAACAGCAUCAACAUCAUCAACAGCAGCAGCAGCAACAGCCACAACCACAGCAGCAACAGCAUCAGCAGUACCCGGUGACCACGUCACAGUAUCAGGCUGCAGCAGCAGCUGCGGCUGCGGCUGCGGCCGCGGCGGCCAGCACUAUCGGAUACACGCACUCUCAUCCUGGCCAUGGCCACGGGGAAGCGGGCUCCGAGGUAUGGCAAGGAGUGCAACACCACCACCACUACCAGUACUAUCCCUACCACCAUCACCACCCCGCACCACCAAGGCACGCGCCCCACACGCCCCCGUCAGCUGUGGGAACGGGGACGGGAGUCGGCAUGGGCAUCGGGCAGGACAACAACACCAACAACAGCAACGUCUUGUACCACCCUCCGCACCACCACCCUCAGCAUCAGCACGCGGUGGGAUCAUCAGCGGCGGGAAUGGGCCCAACUGUCCCACAGAUUCCAAACCGGACGCCGGGAGUCCUUUGCUGUCCAUCUCUGAGGUGA